GCGCGCGUUGUUAAGAGGUGACAGGAAGAAGGCGUUGCCGAAGCCCCGCCCUUUCCUUUUCGCCGCCGGGCUGCCGCAGCGACCGCACGUUCCGGGCCUGUCUCACGCCGCCGCCGCCUCGCCAAGAUGCGUUACGUUGCAGCAUACCUUCUCGCAGUCCUUGGUGGCAAUGAAUCCCCCACGUCCAAGGACUUGAAAAAGAUCCUCGACAGCGUUGGCAUUGAGACGGACGAUGAACGCCUCAACAAGGUUAUUAGUGAGCUGAAUGGAAAAAACAUUGAGGACGUCAUUGCUCAGGGUAACGGAAAGCUUGCCAGCAUGCCAGCUGGGGGAGCUGUGGCAGUCUCUGCUGGAGGGGUGUCUGCUGCUCCUGCUGCAGGUGCUGCCCCUGCUGCUGCUGAGGAGAAGAAAGAAGAGAAGAAGGAAGAAUCUGAAGAAUCUGAUGAUGACAUGGGAUUUGGCCUAUUCGAUUAAUUAUUUGUUAUACAGAAAUUAUUAAAAUUGUUUGUUUAAAAUUU